UUUUUGGUUCCUUCAAUCCUAUUUUAUCCUUCUAUCCAAAUGCAAUCCAUUUCGUAGAUUCAUUUAUUUUAUUUUAUUUUUGUUUGCCGCAAAUGCUGUACAUGUGUAUAUGUAUUAGUGGAUCUGUUUCAGUAGUGUGUACGUGACCUGCAUCAUUCGAUACUGAUGCGAAGUAUUUUAUAAUAUUUGAUUAAAUUAUGCUAGAUAGGAUUUUAUGUACGCGAAAUCCAAAUAAAUAAUGCUUCAUCUGGGUGAAAUAAAAUAAAAAAUUAAAUUUACAUAUAUCCAGCAGCGAAAUAUGGCGAAUAUGACAGGUAGCGCCAUCUAUCGUUCAUCCCGAGACACAAACCAAGGUGUUUAGAGGCACCUGUGCGUGUGCGUUCCAGCAAGCGCCUUCACUACGAUUAUACCCACACACGCGCAGUCGCAGAUGAGGCGUUUUCCACACAUAACCCACACACACACACACACGCACCCAGCAUCUCCGUAGGCUUAUGGGCAGCAUCAUCGAAGAAAGCCGCUCAUUGUCGAAACAGAAGUCGUUGCGGAUGGAGUGUGAAUUCGGUGGUGUUGCGAACAGUUGUCACAAGCCAGGCAAAGCAACAGCAAAAGAACAAACUCUCCUCCCCCCCACCCCGAAAAGCCCGCACCGGGUUAUUGUGAGUAGUGUGUAGUGUUUUUGGAUCCGUGAUUCAUUUCCAGUUUUGGGUUUUUGGGCGAAAAAAAGAAACACGGCUGUGCUGGCACAAGUGCCAAGGGAAAGAACACAACGAUCGUGGCUAGGGGAGUGAAAACUUCGGGUACAUCUCAUUACACCUCGAACCAAUCUGCAAUCAAGCAAAAUCGAAGCGGCCGGCAUACCAAGGCGUGUGGAAUAAAAUAAAGCAUACGCCCCUCCCCCACCGAAGGAAAGUUGCUAAAUUAUUUCCAAAUUUUUCAUCGCAAAAAUAUUUCCUCACGAAACGGGUCAGAUUUCAGGCACAGUUUUCAAUCGUGCCUUCGAAACCAAAUCAUCCCGGCUAAAAGGCUUGCUAUGAUAUACGAACAGGGAAGAGGAAAAAAAAACCAUCAUGAUGUCAGCCUCCUCACCCAGAGAACGGCUUCUCCAGAUCGAGCAGGGAAGAAGUUAAAGAAAACACGCAACCCAAAAAAAAAGGGUUCCGCCCUAUAACACCGGCCGGUUUCACUUUUUUCGUGUGGAUAUUUUUUGCGAGGAAAAACGAAAACAUUUUAUCUCUCGCCGCUCCGUUUUCCAGCACCAAGAGGCUUUUUUCUUCUUUUUAAAAAAAACCAGGCUGCAAAGAAAGUAUGUUAGCUGUACGAUUUAGGCAUUAUAAUAGUUACGUUUUGGCAUCAUUAUCAUCUAAAAUAUUUGAAAACAAGGCGCGUCCCAUAUUAGUUUGAUAAAUGCGUGUAAAAGAGUGCGAACCUAGUGUGCAAACGAGAGGGAAAACAAAACCGUAGCUUAACACUUGUCGCCUUUGUCGAUAAUGCAAAAAGAAAAAUGUAAGACACCCCCCGAACCUAAAAGCCCUUUCACAGUGAACUCAGCUGCGUUUUUGAACGCAUUUUCUAAAUUAUUUCUUGGUUCACCUACUUCUUGCUAAGAAAAAAACUAAGGAAGUGUUUAUUUCGUCCACAAAGGUUCCUUAAACAACGAUUAAAAUCUUACCUUUCCCUAGCUGAGAUGUGUUACAAGCGAAUUUAACCAUUUGUUUUUGCUUCCAAUAUCUGUCACAAGCCAAUUUCUUUGUGCGGGAAGUGCAAUCUUCCUCUCCGCUUUUCUUUGCCUUUUUUCCUUUCUUUUCCUUCGUUCGUUACGAUUCGAUUCGUCUCGGAUGAUUAGAUAUCACGCAUCGUGCACGCCGUCCUGCUCGCACUGUCCAACAUAAGCGGGCGUUAUGCUUUUUGUAGGUGGCAUAGAAUAUGCUCCCCCCCUCCGGGGGGGAUAAAGGGAGAGGCCGGAAUGGUGCGACGAUGGUAGGUUGCUAGGCGGAAAUAUGUGUGUGCAUAUGUAUUUGAUAUCCUCUCACUAUACCUUCCAGCCAGUGUGUAUACUGGAUGGUUUCGGCAAAAGCGCACGCGCUACGCCAAAAAAAACCUUUAAAAAGGGAGAAAAAGGGUCACACUCUGUCUAUGUGCUCUAAUGUGUGAGAGCAAGGGCGGGAUGAAGCUUCCGACUGGUGACACACAACGAUGUGCUUACUGUUAAACGCAUACACACAAAACGGACUUAAACUCGCAAUGUUUGCUUUGUUUUUUUCCCCCCCUGUGUUGUGUUCGAAAUGAUAACUUAAUCCGCGACAUCAAACGUCUCACGAUUACGUGGGAGAAAGGAAGAAUGUGUGCGAAAUGCCACCAGGAAGUGUGGAGUAGCGCGUCCGGUGUCCGAUACAAGAGAGAGCUUCCUGACGUGACGCGAUCCGGUGGUGUCGAUCAUUCCAACAUGGCGUGGCGAUUCAAGGCGUCCAAAUACAAAAAUGCGACACCGAUCGUACCGAAACCGGAGGCAUGCAUCCGCGAUAUCUUCGUCGGUUCAUAUCAAACGUACGGCAACAAUAUAGCGGCAUCCGCCGCAUUUAUCGCCUUCAACUGGGAGCAUGCCGGUUCCAGCUUGGCCGUACUGCCGAUCGACGAUUGUGGCCGGAAGAGCAAAACGAUGCCACUGCUACAUGCGCACUCGGACACGGUGACAUAUUUGGACUUUUCCCCGUUUCACGAUGGACUGCUGGCGACCGGCUCACAGGACUGUCUGGUGAAGGUGUGGCACAUCCCGGAAAAGGGCCUGGAACAAUCGAUCUCGACACCGGAAUGUACGUUCUCCACCAAGCAGCGGCGCGUCGAAACGGUCGGGUUUCAUCCGACCGCCGACUGUCUACUCUUUGCCACCGCUAUCGGAUGCGUCAGCCUCUGGGAUUUGACCUGCCAGCAGGAAGCGUUCUCGAAUAACGAACAUCCGGAGGUUAUACAGUCGCUUAGCUGGAAACAAGAUGGCCGGCUGUGCGUGACAAGCUGCAAGGAUAAGAUGUUGCGUGUGAUGGAUCCACGCGCUGCCAGCCCCAUUACGCUAGCCGCCGAAAGCCAUCAAAGCAUCAAGGAUUCGCGCGUUGUAUGGUUGGGCGAUCAGAACCGUAUCCUUAGCACUGGGUUUGAUGCGGCCCGAUUGCGGCAGGUGAUCAUACGCGAUCUGCGCAAUUUUUCGGCGCCGGAAAAAACGCUCGAACUUGACUGUUCGACCGGCAUACUGAUGCCGUUGUUUGAUGCAGACACGAAUAUGCUGUUCCUGUCCGGUAAGGGUGACACGACCAUCAACUAUCUCGAGGUAACGGACAAGGACCCAUACCUGAUCGAGGGCAUUCGCCAUUCGGGCGAACAGACGAAGGGUGCCUGCCUGGUGCCGAAACGGGCUCUGAAGGUGAUGGAAGGGGAGGUUAACCGUAUCAUGCAGUUAACGUCCAAUUCGGUCAUCCCAAUCAUGUAUCAGGUACCGAGAAAGACAUACCGAGAUUUUCAUACCGAUCUCUAUCCGGAAACGAACGGCUUCAAGAGUGAGCUGUCUGCAACGCAGUGGCUUGGUGGUGCUAACACACCCGUGCCUAAGAUAAGCCUCGAUCCAGCGAAACGCGAACAUGGAGAUGCACCAAUCAUUGUCCUCCGCGGACCACUAAACGAGGUGGUGAACAAUAUCGCUAACAAGAUGCGUAAUGCUCAAUCCACCAACAACAUCUCAACGGCAGCCAAAAUUGAACGGGAGAAGGGCACGGUAAAGACAACAUUCGUCCCGAUCAAGGAGAAAAUUAAACACAUGGAACAACAGUCACACACGGAAAAGUGUGAGCUGGAACAGCGCUUCAAGGAGAUAUCGGCGGCCCACAAAGAAAAGGAUGAAGACGGUAACCAUCCACCACUGCCAUCGGCGGAGAAGAAUGGCAACGAUAAUCAUCAUCCGCAGCGGGAAACCUCUUCAUCGUCGUUCGAUUCCGAGACGGAACCACGUACCGGUGAAACAACGCCACCGAAACCGCUACCAAGGACCUCGCGCAAUAACUCGGUCUGUGAGCAGAUGUCCGCGCCGGUGGGUGUUACAAACGAGGACGUAACGGCGUCCAUCGUUACGGCACCAAAGCUUGUUGGCACAACGCGUCCAGUUGCAAGACCGCGCACUACCACCGGAUACAAGCCACGCCUCGGACCGAAACCAUUCUGCAGCUCAGGAGCGGCGGGUGAUUUCUCCUUCGACAAGGUGUUCAGCGUACCGGCCGUUCCCGGAGGUGAAUUGGGUACCGACAAAGAGGGCACAUCACCAGUAUCCUCCCAUCCGAUGGUGGGCGAUAAUGGUACGGGUGAAACGAACGGUAACACCAUUGGAAUGGAACCGGAACAGAAAGACUGCAGUCCAACCGACAAUGAAAAACCAUCCUCUGAACCGAUGGACGAAACCGAUGUGGAAACACGUCAACUUCCACAUGCCGAACUGCUGAAGCCGUGUGAACAAGAAAAGAUCUUCGAACGUCAGGCUUCGUCGGAAUCGGUUGAUCAGUUUGAUUCCGGCUCGGACGAUGCCAAAAACCAAUUUGAGCGGAUGAGCGCUCAACGAACGAGCCUGGCCGAAAGAAGACGCAUGUUUGAGAGUCGUUCGCAGAGUGUACAGGACGAAAAGGCUAGUUCGCCGAUGCCUCUCAGACGACUUGAUUCGCUAAAAGUUCGUGGUGAGCAGAAAACGUGCUCCGACGACACUGCACUGAUGCCACCUCCACCGACCACGGACUUUCUGCGCAAUCGCAGCGAUCUCUCCAAGGAGAACAUGCCGGAUAUAGUGAAGCGUAGCAAUAGUACUGCCGGUGUUUCGACGGCUGCCGCCGGUGCCAAUAACAACGUGGCUUCCAAGCGCACCUCCACCGUGUUUGGGCGCGUGUCCAAAUUUCGGCAUCUGAAGGGUACCCCGGGGCAUAAGAGCACACACAUUGAGAAUAUUCGUAACUUGAGCCGUCAAAUACCUGGCGAGUGUGAUGGAUUUCAAGCGAAUGCGGAGCGUGUGGCGGUACCGAUUGCGGGGGCGGGUGGUAAAAUUGCGGUACUGGAGCUUAAUGAUCCGGGGCGCCUUCCCGACGGUGUAAUUCCAACGCUGGUGAAUAUCCAGAAUAUUAUGGAUAUCCAGUGGGAUCCGUUUGAUUCACACCGGCUUGCGGUUGCUUGUGACGAUGGGUCGGUAAAGCUAUGGCGCAUACCUGCCGGUGGUCUUACGGAAUCGACGAACGAGCCAGAAGCGCUGCUAGUUGCUCAUACCGAUAAGAUCUACAUCAUGCGAUUCCACCCAUUGGCGCAGAAUGUGCUGCUGACCGCAAGCACCGACAUGGUGAUGAAGCUGUGGGAUUUAGUGGAGAUGAAGGAAAAAUACAGCUUGCACGGCCACACGGAUCAAAUAUUCUGUUUCUCGUGGAGCCCGUGUGGCCGUUACGGUGCUACCGUCUCGAAGGAUGGACGUGUGCGUGUGUAUGAACCACGCAAAUCGCCACAACCGACAAAGGAAGGCACUGGUCCGGUUGGAACGCGCGGAGCACGCAUUGUAUGGGCGCUGGAAGGAGAAUACUUGGUGGUGACCGGAUUUGACAAAGUCUCCGAACGUCAAAUUUACGUAUACAAGCUUACUGAUCUCAAUGCUCCGAUGGGUAUGGUCGGGCUGGAUGUAUCCCCGGCCAUACUGAUGCCGUUCUACGACGAGGACAGCUCAACGCUCUUUGCCACCGGCAAAGGGGACAGCACGAUCUACUGUUUCGAAAUUACCGACGAGGCACCGUUUAUCUGCCCACUGUCGCACCAUCGCUGCACCUCGCUGACGCAAGGUCUUAGCUUCCUAAGCAAGAACCAUUGCGAUGUGGCCUCGGUCGAGUUUGCCCGGGCGCUUCGGCUUACCAACGGUACGGUCGAACCGCUCAGCUUUAAGGUGCCGCGCAUCAAGUCCGAGCUUUUCCAGGACGAUCUGUUUCCCCCGACCAAGGUGCUGUGGCAACCGACACUGAGUGGGGAAGAAUGGUUUGCCGGGCGGGACGUAACACCGACCCGCAUCAGCUUGAAGCCGGACGGCAUGGAUACGCUGUCUUCAAUCCAACCAACUAUCACAACUACACCUUCGAAAAAACCCGAUGCUAUUAUCAUGCCACAAGGGAUACAGAAACCAUUUUCCAAGGCUCCUGAAAAUGUUCAAGAGCAGAUCAAAAAUGCUGUCAGUGCACGCAUGUCGGUGAAUAAGAAGCUGGAACAGGACAGCAUGGAAGGCGUCGACGAGAAGGAGUGGGAAGAAUGAACAUGAUAAUGUCUCCACUGUUCGCAUCUUGCUAGCUUUAAUGAUAAUUUUCCAGUAAAUUUCAUACACGAUUAACUUAUCAGUUAAAACACAUCAUUGAAAACGACCACGGCUUCGCUGGUAUACGGACAUAAAUGCAUGUUUUGCUCCUACUCGUACUGUACCGUUCCUUCUGUUUCGGUGAGGUUAUGUGAAAUUGAAAUUUUCCAAGUACAGCGAAAAUAUUCAUUCGUAUUUCCGUUAAUAGCAGGUACAGUUACAGAGUUACAUGGCUACGCGGUGCGUUUAACGGCUGAUAUAACUCCAGAAUGCGAGGUAUUCGAAAACAAAAAAACAAUUCCAAACGAUCUUUACAUCCCGUGCAUUACUAUGAUGGUCAUUAGCGAAUGACAAAAACAGAAAGCUAGAUUGCAAAGCGUGCAUAUUAGUUUGCGAAAACUAUGUAGCCACAAUUCUUCACGUGAUGCGCUUAAGCAUUUCUUUUUCUCUUGAAACUCAGGAGAACUUAUGGCGCGCCAUUUCUGGCCUUGCAUGGUUUGGAUUAACACGUUGCUUGACAGUCUCGGAUGGGAUUUAGAAACCGAUCCUGUCUUGGAAGAAACGUCGCCAUUUCUACUAAACAUUCGGCCCACCCAGAGAUUCUUCAAAGGAAAAAAAAUGGAAAAAUUUUGGUCCCGUAUGGAGCCUGCCAUUUCUAGCUUUUUUUUACUUUAUUUACCCCAUAGCAGAUUAGAUCAGUCCUGCAUACGUAGGAACACAGUUCGGAUGAGAUUUGGAUACCGAUCCUGUAAUAUGAGGAACCGUGCCGCUACCAGUAAACAAUCGACCCACCCAAGGGCUUCGUAAGCAUUAGGCAGAUUAAAAAAUCGAAAAUUUGGAUAGUUAUACUAUACAAAACGGAGACUGAUAAAACAUCCUCCUAUUACAUACCUAAACUCAUUCCUCACGCUGCUCAUUGUACGGCUAUAUAGGCAGCCAUUACACAUUGAUGAAGAAACGUUAAAUCGUCACUGAACAAACAUUUUUCAUACGAUUUGACAUUUUUCCCUCAAAGUUCAAUGACUGUAUGUACCUACGGGUAACGCACGACAAAGAAUUACAUUGUGUAAGCAAAGCGAAGAAGAAGAAAAAACAAACACUCGUGAGCAGAUGAUAGAAACCGAAAAAAAAGACUAAAGACCUUCUGUGUACAGACUUUCAUGCUGAACUGGUUCUAAAAAAGGCUCUUGUAGAAAAAGAAAAAUAUCAUCAAGAUGCUCUCUUUUCCUAAUUUCAUUUGCAAAUAACUCUGAAUCAUGAGAAGAAAAAAAUGGCUUAAGAUACUGCCCUUUGAUAACAAACAUGGAAGAGUAAUUUUUGGUACUAUAGAAUAUACACAGAAUAGGUCUUACAAAUGAAGCAUUUAAUCAUUCAUUCAUUUUUUUAAUUCACCUCGAGGUAAAAUUCACAUAAUAGCGAUAACAUAAACAAAACAAAAAUGACAAUAUUUUGAAAUUAUAUCUACAUAAAGCAAAAAAGGGAAAUCGGCCACGUAAAGAUUGUCAUUCCUUUCCAUUUAAUAUUAUGGUUUAUUGAUAUUAUUGAACUGUGGUGGAGGAAGUUCAGGUACACAAGGCGUUAUAGCAUAAUUUUUGUACACCAAAACAACAAGAGCAAUAUGACAAAUUGUGUUUAGGUGCCCGAUUUGCCCCUUUGACCGACUGUGUAUCGCAACUGUUUGAUAGGUAGUUGAUAGUAAAGAUUAACGGUGGUGAGGAAAGAUACAAGAAAUGCUUAAACAUGCUUUGCAUUGCCUAUGUCUGGUAAGUGUGGGUUGACAGCCACAUACGAUAACAGGAUACUUCAUUUUGGAAGAUGCAAAAUGAUCUACCUCCAACCGCAAAUUUGUUACACUGCUUUUCUACUAGACCAACACAAAACGGGCCAGCAGCAUUAAAUACAUUGAACGAUUUAUAUCGCAAAGAAGAAGCUUAAACGAAACAAGGCUAGUCAAGUAGGGGGAAAAGGAAGGAAGGAAGGAAGGUGUUGCGAAACGGUUAAAAUGCUCCAGCUCUAUAAACAGCCCCCAAUACAAACCACAAGCACAAGAUAAUUAGACAACAUUGUGUAACAAAGAUAUGAAGCAUUUGCUUGGUAUGUGCCUGUGGGAACGCUAGAAUACUAUGCAAUAAAUUAGGAAAGACAAGGGAUGGAAAGGACAAACAAACGGAAAGGCAACAAGAGAGAGAGAGAGAGAGAGAGAGAGAAAAGGACAAGAAAAGGAGCAUAAACACAAGCACGCAAAAUAACGCACAAAACAUUGCAUUUACAGCAACGAGGAAACUCGAAAUGAUUUCCCUUUAGCUUUUAUAGUUCUUAACAAAAAAACCCCCCCAAACACUGAACGCAAUUUUUGGCAAAAGAUUUCUCUAUCGUUCCAACGCUUAAUAUCCUGUACAUACAUACAUAUGUUUGUUUUGUCACCGUUUUGGCGUUUAUAGGCAUAAGAUAUGUUUUUUUUUUUAUUUAACAGCAAUUCGUUUGUUUUUUCUUUUCUCGAAAAAUUGUGCUAAAAUAUUGUGAUGAAUUUGUAGCAAUUAGUUUUUUUUGUCUGAUAUAGUAAAAGUAUGAUAAAUAGAACCGAUGGAAAGCGCAUAAUGUAAUGAAAAAGGGGGGUGAAAACAGAUAGAAAAUGAAAGUCAAGUAAAAGGAGAAUUAUCGGUGCCAUUUUCAACGCUAAGGCAGACUAUAAUUAAUUUCGAAGAGCGUAACAUCUACUUUAUGUAACAGUCUUUACAUUUACAAAUUUCCACCACCUGGUCACCAUUUUUCAACGGGAUUUGCACACAUACUCGGAAGUAAAGUUCAACCCUAUCGAGCCAAAUUGUACGAUGAAUGAGUUGUAAAUUUUUCCAGCAAAACAUCUAUAUUUUUUUUUGCUAAUUAAUGAAUUGACUAUUUUCACUAAAAUGUAUGCUUUUUCUUCAUAUUUCUAAGCUUUAUGAAGCUCACAUCCCCGUGUUAGGAUCUUUGCGAGUGUGCGCAGAGCCAACAGCGAAAUGUGUUGGCGCACGGCAGCAUAUGAACAGACUAGAUGGUGCCCCUAGUGCCCAUAUACACGUUUAUAGCUAUCACCUGCAUCCCCGACCACCUUUUAUCCAUAUCCCGUGUUUUCAUAACAACAGCGACUUGCAAAUCCUAAUGGUGCAUGCAUCUGGACUGAAUGUGUGAACGCAAAAGCAAACUGGUGUGUGAUAAUCCAAAGAAACGCCAUUAACCCCCCCCCCCCCCCACGAACAAAAGUUUGUAUUAUAAGGAGGUCUUUUGCCUAUGGGUGUCUUUGAAACUGCCAAAGAUUGUAAAUCAGCAGCCUCAUUGUUUGGUGGCAAACGAACAUCUUUCUUAUACUCCCCAAUCCUCCCUGUGCCCUGCCAUAUAUUUCAUUGUAUUGGUAUAUACACAUAGAUUAUAAAAUAAAGAAACUUAAAACGGAAAAGCUCUAUGUAA